GAAACAAAAAAAAAUUCUAACCCCAAAAAAACCGACGGACUGAAUUUGUUGGUCAUCCUCCUAAGUUAUUGCAAAUAAUAUUAAUUCACACUAUUUAUUGUAUACUUUGCAUUAAAAAUUAAACAAAAAUGUCGAUCCUAGCUUACAAUGGAGGUUGUGUUGUUGCUAUGCGUGGUAAAGAUUGCGUAGCAAUCGCUACUGACCGUCGAUUCGGUGUCCAAGCGCAAACCAUUGAAACUGACUUUGAAAAAGUAUUCCAAAUCAAUCCACGUAUGUAUCUUGGUUUAGUUGGACUCCAGACUGAUAUCCUAACUGUGAAAGAUCGUCUGGCAUUCCGCAAGAAUCUCUACGAGUUUCGUGAGAACCGCGAAAUGGUACCAAAACGUUUCUCGGCAAUGUUGUCAAGCUUCCUCUAUGAACAUCGCUUUGGUCCUUACUUCAUUGAACCCGUUAUAGCUGGUCUGGAUCCCAAAACCUUGGAACCAUUCAUUUGCAACAUGGAUUUGAUCGGAUGUCCAAAUGAACCAGAUGAUUUUGUUGUUGCCGGUACUUGUGGCGAACAAUUGUAUGGAAUGUGCGAAACUCUGUGGAAACCCGAUUUGGAACCAGACCAAUUGUUUGAGGUCAUCUCACAGGCAAUGAUCAACGCAUUUGACCGUGAUGCCAUCAGUGGUUGGGGUGCAACUGUGUACAUAAUCGAAAAGGACAAAACUACCGUCAAAACAUUGAAGACCAGAAUGGAUUAGAUUUUGAGAUGCAACCAAAGUUUUGCAUUUUUCUAUUUUCUA